AUGGAGGAAAGAAAGUGGUCAUAUAUCAUGGUGAGCGUAAUUUUUUACUUGUGUUAUUUUUUUUAUUUUUUAACUUAUAGUUAUGAAAUUAUAUUUUUGUUUCAAACAAAAAUUGAUUAUAUUGUAUUUUGUUUAUUAUUUAUCACGUCGUUGUUUUCUAUUUACUUUUGUUCCAAAGGAUUGAAAUAUAUUUGUACUUUUCUCAUAACUAUUAUAUCCUUAAUAGAAAUUUAUGAAUACACAAAUAAUAUUCCAAAAGAUUUAUAUGAUGAAGAAUUCCUCAAAUUAUUUUUGUUAGUAAGAUUAUUUUCAGCUGUUAAUUUAGUUGUAUUCCUAUAUCUUCAUAUAAAAAAUCUGAAAAAUAUAAAAGAUGAAAAAUUAAAUAAUGACAAAGAUUCAACUAUUCAAUCGGUAGCUGAACCAACAAAUACAACCACCGAAAAUAAUCAUAAUCAAAAUAAUAAUCAUAAUAAUAAUAAUAUUCAUAAUAAUAAUCAUAAUAAUAAUCAUAAUAAUCAUAAUAAUAUUCAUAAUAAUCAUAAUGACCCUUGUAAUAAUCAUAAUGACCCUUGUAAUAAUUAUUAUAAAAACCAAGAUAAUUUCUUAAAAUCCAAUACAGUUACAUAUUCCCAUAAUAAUUUGUUCAAAGAAAAUAUACCUCACGUUCAUCAACACACAGGAAUUAUAACCUCUAAAACAUUACCACAAGAAAACAUAUAUGUUUUAAAACAUGUGUCCAUACCAAUCUUUGAAAAAGAAAUAAUAAAUAAAGAUACUAACAUUUCACAUAUGUACGAAAUGCAAACAAAUGAUUCCUUUAACCACUAUCAAGUUAAUAAUUUAUCUUCAUCAAAUAAUAUAAAUGAUAAUAAAAUAACAGAACCUAUUACAACACAUAACCUUAAUAAAAACAAUAAUGCAUACACGAACCAUAUUAUCCAAAAUAAUCACGUUCCAAAUUAUACAUAUGAACAUCCAAAGGGUCUACAAUAUUAUCCAGGGAAUUUCCACACGCACAACAUGGGAAAUAAUAUUCAAUAA